CCCCCUUCCUAUCCGAGUUUCUUUUCUUUUUCUCUUCAUUCAUUCACUCUACUCUAAAUACCACUCCUUACCUUUCUCUCACAUCUCCCUCGACCUAUCAUCAUGAAGUUCUCCGUCGCUGCCGCUCUUUUCUCCUUCGCUGCCACCGCCUAUUCCCAGGGUAUCUCUGUCAUCUCGCCCGGCCUUGGUGUUGAGUGGAAGGCUGGCACUACCCAAAUGGUCACCUGGAGCAUCAACAGCACUGCUCCCGCCAAGACCAUUCAGAAGCUCACUCUCCGUGGUGGUGCUUCCAACAACCUCGACGUCGCCUACAUCAUCAGCAACACCGCCUUCGAUGCCAGCACCGGCAAGUACGAAUGGGCCAUUGACAGCAAGACCGAAACUGCCGUUUCUUACUCUGUUGAAGUUACCACCGACACCGGUUCCAGCUACUCGCCCUACUUCUCCAUCAUUGGUGCUGCCCCCGGUACCACUAACAACACUUUGUUGGGUGUCCAGCCUGGCGACAAGACCAGCUCCGCUUCCGGCUCCUCUACUGCCGACGCUGACAAUGCUGAGAGCUCCACUGAGACUGAGGAUAAUGAAAGCGCUGCCUCGACCCUCAAGCUCGGUGCCUUGGUUGGUGCUGUUGCCGCUGGCACUGCCGUUGCUCUUUUCUAAGCAGCUUUAGAUAGAGUUACUUCUUUUUUCCCUCUUUCCUCGUUUGUUAUCCAUUCCAUUCCCUCCUGUUGUAUCCAGUAGCAUUAUAAUACUACGUACUUAGCUUCUUUUUUAAAAAAAACCUCUUAAUGAUUUAUUUGUUCCACUAGCAUAUAAGAAAACCAAACCAAAUGUUGUAACUAUUAUUGUGUCAUGUCUGUAUUGUCUUUGGGUACUGGAAAAGAGAAAGGGCGGGAGCGAAAGGUAUGCUCGA